AUGGCGGACCCCAACCCUCACGACAUGGUCACGUUGGCCCCAGAUCCUCGAGAGACGGAGCUUGAAUUGGCCACGAUCCCAACACUGGCUAAUAAUGAUGUCACCAGCAGCAAAAGCGCAAAGGAAUUUGAUACGGACCCCUUCCUGGUCAUCUUUGACCAACAUUACGACGCCGAGAACCCGUUGGACUGGCGCGACGGCCGCAAAUGGAUGGUGACCGAUGUUCUCUCCGCCACUGGCUUCAACCGGAUUAUGGUGUCGACCAUCAUGGCCCCCGCCCUUUCCACCAUUGCGACCGACUUGGACAUGUCUGCCACGGAAUCCGCCAUGUCGCUAUCGAUCUAUCUCUUGGCUAGUGCCUUUGGCCCGCUAGUCAUGAGCCCGUUGUCCGAGAUGUAUGGUCGACGCGUUAUUUUACAUUCUAGCAAUGUCUGGUUCCUGGUUUGGAAUGUAGUUUGCGGUUUCGCUGCGACGAAGGAGGUGCUGAUUGCGUCGCGGUUUUUGGCCGGCUUUGGCGCGAGUGGCAUAUAUGCACUUGCAGGUGGCGUGAUGGGUGAUAUCUGGAGACCCGAACAGAGAGGGCGUGGUUUGGGAAUAUAUCUCCUAAUUCCGCUCCUAGGUGCGGCGGUUGGGCCCAUUAUUGGCGGCUUCAUUGCUGAGCGCUCACACUGGCGCUGGAUAUUCUGGUCCACAUCCGCAUUCCAAGCUGCAAUGACCAUCAUGUCGUUUUUCUGCUUCUACGAGUCGUACGGCCCGCAUAUCCUCCGAAGGCGUGCCGAACGUCUUCGCAAGGAGACUGGAAACAACAGUUUCCACACAGAAAGCCAAAGGCUUGACGGAGGACGGUCGGCUGCUACGGUUUUCAUGCGUGCCAUUACAAGACCGCUCCGUUUGCUCAUGUUUCACCCCAUCAUCCAGGUUUCGUCGAUCCUUCAGGGCUUCAACUAUGGCAUCCUGUACAUCACCCUUUCAACGUUCUCCACCCUCUGGAUCUUUCAUUAUCACCAAUCCCUCGAAAUCAGCGGACUACACUACAUCGCCUGCUCGCUGGGCGAACUGGCCGGCUCACAGGCUAGUGCUCGGUUAAUGGAUCAUUUUUAUAGCCGCAGACAACAAGGUCGAGGAUUUUUGCCUGAAUCCCGCAUCCCGCUGAUGAUUCCUGGAAUCAUUGCUGCAUGGUCAGGUGCGUUGAUCUACGGGUGGACCGCUGAGUAUCGAGUGCACUGGCUGGCGGUUGACGUGGGAGUUUUCACCCUGUUGGCUGGAAUGCAAAUGAGUGAUAUGUCGAUAAUGGCCUAUGUCAUCGACUCGUAUGGGGAACACACCAGCAGCGCCAUGGCAGCACAGCAGUUUGUAACGAGUCUAGUAGCUUUCCUGUUCCCUUUGUUUGCCCCUAGUAUGUACCAUGCGCUCGGGUAUGGAUGGACCAAUUCAGUACUUGCGUUGGCCGGGUUCCUCCUCAUGAUCAUGCUCCCGCUAUUUGUGUGGAAAUACGGUGCGCGAUUGAGGGCCAAAGCAAUCUCGACCUAUUGA